AUGACGUCCAAUACAAUGAGCCAACAGACACGAGUGCCCAGGACAAUGCAAGCCCUGCACCUCCCCUCCUCUUUCUCAAACGAGACGACCCCCGGCGGCCCCUUAUCAUUGAAAUACGAGACGGACAGACCAGUGCCCAAACCGGGGGCAAACCAGUAUCUAAUCAAGGUGCAAACGGUGUGCGUGUCGGUCAACGAAUGCCUGCAAGGAGCAUCAGCAAGCAAAAGCAUGCGAGACAGCGGGAUGUUUCUGGAGAGGCCAAUGGCCGACGGAAUCGACAAAGUGCACGGGCUUAUCCCCGGCCGCGAGUUCUGCGGCGAGGUCAUUUCCACCCCGAAAGAAGACUAUGCAAGCUACACGGGUCCCGCGUUCAAAGUCGGACAGGAGGUUAUGGGUCUACUAGCCGAUGGCGAGGGGAGAGACGGCGCGGCGGCGGAUUAUGUGCUUGCUACCGAGAACGAGUUGACCUGGAAACCGCAAAAUCUUGCCGCCGCAGACGUUGCGACUAUACCGCUGGACGCGCUGAUCGCGUGGCAGGGACUCUUCGGGUAUGCGACGCUGGAUCCUGAUGAUGGGCCCUGCAACAAGCCCGCCGAUGGCCCGCUGAGGGUGCUGGUCACAAACGCCGGACAGUCGGAGGUCGGGAAACAGGCCAUUCGUCUGUUGAGAUGCCAGUCGCUUUUCCCGCAUCAUGUCCCGAAUCUGAUGGGCGGAGCAGGAGAGAGGGAGACGUCGAUGUGGGUGUGUGCGACGGGAUCGCGCGAUGAGCAUGAUUUCCUGCGCAAGGAGCUGGGCGCCGAUGUGGUGACGGCCAAUGCUGAUAUAGCGGCUGCUUUUCGGGAGAAUGGCUGGGAGCCGGUUGAUAUUGUGUUUGAUUGUGUGGGAGUCGGUGGCGCAUUGUUGCGAGAAGCUCAUUCUCCCGUCGUGGUGAAGGAUCAUGGACAUGUUCUGACACCAAGUCGUGCGCCGUCGGGGCAUCCGGAGAAACCGUCUGAAUGGGAUGAGAGAACGGAGAUUAUGAACAGAAAUCUUACGAGCGAGGUGAUUGACGUGAAGCCGAAUAUGAAGCAGUUGGCAAAGAUUGCGCAGCUGGUUGAAAAGGGGGUGUUGAGACCGGCAGACUCUUACCAGGUGGAGGAUCUGCUACAUGGACAACAGACUUUGGUUCAUGCCCAGAAGGCUGGGGCGCCGAAAGCUGUGCUGCGGACAGAUCUGGUCUUGAGUCAGAUUUAG